AUGGGCAACAACGACAUUGAGAUCGCCCCCACACGAGUGAGCGAGGAUGCUGGCUCACUCAAGACACCAACAAAGGUCGGACGUGGAGAAUUGGCCGAUAUUACGCCGCCUCACGAAACGUAUGAAGGCCGACAUCGAUACGACCCAACGGCGACAUGGUCAGAUACAGAAGAAAGGCGCGUCGUGUUCAAGACUGAUCUGUUCCUCCUCUCGUGGCUUUGUGUUAUGAUGUUCGGUCUGCAGCUUGAUCGAGGCAACCUAAGCAACGCACUUACCGAUAAAUUGUUGGACGACCUCAAACUCACGACCGACGAUUACAACAAUGGAACCACUAUCCAGCUCGUAUGCUUCCUCGCCGCAGAGUUCCCUGUACAGUUCCUCACGAAGCGCUAUGGUUUCAAGUACAUCUUGCCCACCAUGAUGUUCGGCUGGGGCACGGUUUCCUGGGCUCAAGCGUGGAUGCACGACCGUACUUCCUUCUAUAUCACCCGCGCGUUGAUCGGUGCCUGCGAAGGUGGCUUCAUCCCCGGCGUCAUACUGUUCGCAACGUAUUUCUACAAGUCCAAGGAACUAGCCAUCCGACUUGCAGCCUUUUGGUCUACACUGAAUGUUGCGCGUGUCAUCUCCGCGUUAUUGGCAGCUGGUAUCUUAGAAAUGCGCGGUGUACACGGCAAGCCCGGUUGGUUUUGGCUUUUUCUGCUCGAGGGUUUGUUGACGGUUGUCAUCGCUAUUGUAUCAUUCCUCUACCUACCAUCCUCGCCAGUGGGAACCAAGGGAGUGCUUUUCCGUAAAGGAUGGUACACUGAACGCGAGGAAGUGAUCAUGGUGAACCGCAUUCUUCGCGAUGAUCCAGCAAAGGGUCUUACAGAUCUUCAAGAGCCUGCUACAUUCAAGGACAUCAAGGCGGCAUGGAGCGACCCCGCUAUGUGGGGACUUUACUUCCUUGGACUGGUUGCUUAUAUUCCUGCUACACCCGUUACCGGCUACCUAUCAUUGACAUUAAAACGUCUCGGCUUCAGCACAUUCAACUCCAAUAUGCUUACCAUUCCAUCGGCUGCACUUCAGAUCAUAACAAUGUUGACUCUUGCGUAUAGCAGCGAUUACUUCAACGAGCGUACCCUCCAUAUCAUCUUUGGCGAAUUCUGGAUUAUGCCAUUGCUGGUUGCUCUACUGACGCUUCCGGAUGGCGGUCGCGAAUGGUCUCGCUUUACGCUGAUCACACUCAUCUCAGGAUAUCCCUACUUCCAUCCUCUGAUUUCGUCCUGGAUUUCGGAGAAUACGUUUGAUGUAAAGAAGCGGGCCAUCACAGCUGCUACUUACAACGUCAUUGUCCAGAUCGGCUCUUUAAUCGGUUCUCAGAUAUAUCGCAAGUAUGAUGCACCGUACUACAAACAGGGUAACAAGGUAUGCGUCGCAAUAUGUGCCUUAGCUCUUGUCACAAUGGCGGUUCAACGGCAAGUGCUGGUGUAUCUCAACAAGAAGAAAGACGAGAAGUGGCGUGCCAUGACAUCAGAAGAGAAGGCAUUGUACCAAUCAGACCUCGAUGCGCGAGAAAGAGACGGUAACAAGAGACUAGACUUCAGGUUCGCGAUAUAGUGCACCGGCAGCUGAGAGAUGUUGAGGCCGGCAAACCCUCGUAGGCCGCGGUUGUAUGCCGGGGAAAUCGAUCUCGCUGCAGUGGGUCCGAUGAUCAUGCUUUCCCCACUACGUUUCUGC